UCACGCUGCCUGCUGCUCCGUGUCAAAUGCUCUGGUGACAGCUCGUUCGCGCUACCAUGGUUGUGUUAAAAGGAAUACCUUCUCUCCUGUCGCCAGAGCUUUUGUACGCGUUGGCAAAGAUGGGUCAUGGCGAUGAACUGGUUCUUGCGGAUGCCAACUUCCCUGUGUCCUCCGUGUGUAAAUGCGGACCGAUAGAGAUCAGAGCCGACGGUCUACAGAUCCCAGCGCUGUUGGAAGCUAUUCUGAAGCUCUUCCCUCUGGACACGUACGUGCGUAGCCCGGCAGCUGUGAUGGACCUGGUGGACAGUGACAAGGAGCUUGGUGUAGAGACGCCAGUGUGGACCACAUACAUCCAAAUGAUCAAACAGGCAGGAUCACAGGGCAGCUUAGAGACUGUGGAGAGAUUUGCAUUUUAUGAGAGAGCCAAGAAAGCGUUUGCUGUCGUGGCAACGGGGGAGACGGCGCUGUAUGGCAACCUGAUCAUAAAGAAAGGCGUGAUCCCACCUGGGGAACUGAGCUGAAUCCUGCUGGACCCUGCUGCCCUCUGCUCCUCUGCUGGGCUCCUGCUGCCCUCUGCUCCUCUGCUGGACCCUGCUGCCCUCUGCUCCUCUGAGCUGCCUUCUGCUGAAUCCUGCUGCCCUCUGCUGCUCCUCUGCUGGACUCCUGCUCCUCUGCUGGACUCCUGCUGCUCCUCUGCUGGACUCCUGCUGCUCCUCUGCUGGACUCCUGCUCCUCUGCUCUGCUGAGCUCUAACAGCAUUAUUAACACCCAAGGAGUUUAUUGGACUGGCUGGGAAAAUGACAUUUCUACUGACACACACACGCUUUGCAGGGAAGAAGACAUUUCUACAGACACACAUACUUGGGUUAGACGCAUCAGAAACAUUGUGGUGGAGUUUGGGUUAGACGCGUCAGGAGGGAUCACACAGAUCUGUAGCUGUAACUAAACCCUCAGCACUCUCGUGUUGUGAUGUAAUCGCCCCGUGAAGUGUGUGUGUGUCUCCGCAUUCUCUCCACCGGAAAUGAUGGGAAUGUGGGAAGUGAAUUAAUGAGCGUGUUAAGUAGGGAAGUGUGUGAAUGAGUAUGGAUGACGUGUUAAGUAGGAAAAUGUGUGAGUGAGUAUGGAUGACGUGUUAAGUAGGGAAGUGUGUGAGUGAAUAUGGAUGACGUGUUAAGUAGGGAAGUGUGUGAAUGAGUAUGGAUGACGUGUUAAGUAGGGAAGUGUGUGAGUGAGUAUGGAUGAGCGUGUUAAGUAGGGAAAUGUGUGAGUGAGUAUGGAUGAGCGUGUUAAGUAGGGAAGUGUGUGAGUGAAUAUGGAUGACGUGUUAAGUAGGGAAGUGUGUGAGUGAGUAUGGAUGACGUGUUAAGUAGGGAAGUGUGUGAGUGAGUAUGGAUGAGCGUGUUAAGUAGGGAAGUGUGUGUGUGAGUAUGGAUGACCUGUUAAGUAGGGAAAUGUUAAAGCAAUGGUUCGGAGUAAUUUCACUCUAGGGUCCUUUGCACCAUGACCCCGAGCCAAACACCCUCCCAGAACCUGUUCUCCCUUGGUCAAACCCUGGUCGAGUAGCGCUGUCAGAAACUGAUGACUUUCUGCAGGCGUAAUGGAACCUACUUAGUAUCUCGUAAAUGACCCCACUAAUAAUGCCCUGAAUGGUACCAAACUUCUACAGUAGUACAACUAUGUUCUGUACUCAUAAAACAAGGCAUUGAAAAGUUUGUAAGUACACCAGGAGUUUAUUUCACUUGCCUGA